AUCUCUUUAAUUAGCAGUCUCCAAGAUCUCACACUAAGAAGAUGUUAAGCCAGUGCCUUCUGUCAUAUCUCAAGAGUUUCAGAAGGCUUGGAAGCCACAGAGGAAGGUAAAUGUACUAUGCCUGUGAGCUAUACAAUAUGUACAAAGUACCAUUUUCUUAUUAGUAUCAAGUUAGGACUUCUUGCUACCACUCCUGUUUUGAUGGUGAUGCAGUUCUAAAAGAAAUCCUAAGAACAAUCCAGCAAAAAUGGGUGAAGUAAAUAAAGAUGCAGUUGAAAAAUACUUGGAAAACAACCCCCAGUUUGCCAAGGAGUAUUUCGACCGGAAAUUGAGAGCAGAAGUGCUGGGAAGUAUUUUUAAAGUGAGCCCUGGAGAUGUGAAGGAAGGAGUCAGCUUCAAAGACAUGUCCCGUCUGGAGGAAUGUAACAUACUUUUUGAGCUGCUAACAGAAAUCCAAGAUGAAGGAGGCCAUAUGGAAAAGAUAGUGCACAAGGGCCUGCAGAGGCUGGCACAGCUGCUGGCAGCUGACCGGUGUAGUAUGUUUAUUUGUCGAUCCCGAAAUGGUAUUCCAGAGGUAGCCACCAGGCUCCUCAAUGUCACUCCAACUUCCAGCUUUGAGGACAAUUUGGUGAAUCCAGACAAUGAGACUGUUUUUCCUCUGGACAUCGGGAUAGCAGGAUGGGUUGCUCAUACCAAGAAGUUUUUUAAUAUACCUGAUGUGAAAAAGAACAACCAUUUUUCUGACUAUCUGGACAAAAAAACUGGUUAUACAACAAUCAAUAUGUUGGCAACCCCAAUUACACAGGGUAAAGAGGUGCUUGCUGUUGUGAUGGCACUCAACAAAUUAAAUGCCACUGAGUUCUCAAAAGAGGAUGAAGAGGUCUUUAAAAAAUACCUCAAUUUUAUAUCUUUGGUCCUAAGAAAUCAUCAUACGGCCUAUCUCUACAAUAUUGAAUCCCGAAGAAGUCAGAUGCUUUUGUGGUCUGCCAACAAAGUAUUUGAAGAGCUAACAGAUAUAGAACGGCAGUUUCACAAAGCCCUGUACACUAUUCGAAUGUAUUUGAAUUGUGAACGAUACUCUGUUGGUCUGCUGGACAUGACUAAAGAGAAGGAGUUCUAUGACGAGUGGCCAAUCCGGCUGGGGGAGGCAGAGCCUUACAAAGGCCCCAAGACACCUGAUGGACGAGAAGUCAACUUUUAUAAGAUUAUUGACUAUAUUUUACAUGGAAAAGAAGAAAUCAAAGUCAUUCCGUCACCUCCAGCAGAUCACUGGUGUCUUGUCAGUGGAUUGCCAACAUAUGUUGCUGAAAAUGGAUUUAUUUGUAACAUGAUGAAUGCACCAGCAGAUGAAUAUUUCACAUUUCAGAAAGGACCAGUGGAUGAGACUGGCUGGGUUAUCAAAAAUGUCCUGUCAUUGCCUAUUGUCAACAAAAAAGAAGAAAUUGUGGGAGUUGCAACAUUUUACAAUAGGAAAGAUGGAAAACCUUUCGACGAGUAUGAUGAACAGAUCAUUGAAACUCUCACACAGUUCCUGGGGUGGUCUGUCUUAAAUACUGACACUUAUGACAAAAUGAACAAGCUUGAAAACAGGAAAGACAUCGCUCAGGAAAUGCUUAUGUACCAGACAAAGGCCACCCCUUCUGAAGUUGAAUCUAUACUGAAAUACAAGGAGAAAUUAAAUGUAAAUAGUUUAGAAGAAUGUGAUCAAAAGGAUCUUAUCAGGAUUUUGAAAGAAGAAUUACCUGAUCCAAAAGAUUUAGAACUGUAUGAAUUCCGCUUCAGUGACUUUCCUGUUACAGAGCAUGGCCUGAUAACUUGUGGAAUACGACUGUUCUUCGAGAUAAAUGUUGUUGAAAAAUUCAAAGUCCCAGCUGAGGUCCUUACAAGAUGGAUGUACACAGUUAGGAAAGGUUAUCGAGAUAUCACUUACCAUAACUGGCGACAUGGAUUCAAUGUGGGACAAACGAUGUUUACUCUGCUAAUGACAGGCAAAAUAAAGAAAUACUAUACUGAUCUAGAAGCCUUUGCCAUGGUUGCUGCUGCUUUCUGCCACGACAUUGAUCACAGAGGGACCAAUAACUUGUAUCAGAUGAAAUCAGCUGCUCCGCUGGCGAAACUUCAUGGCUCAUCCAUUUUAGAGAGGCACCACCUGGAGUACAGUAAAACCCUUCUGCAGGACGAGAGUUUAAACAUCUUCCAGAACCUAAAUAAGCGCCAGUUUGAAACUGUUCUACACUUAUUUGAAGUAGCAAUAAUAGCAACUGACUUGGCUUUAUACUUCAAGAAAAGAACUAUGUUUCAAAAGAUUGUGGAUGCAAUUGAGAAAAUGGAAUCAGAAGAGGAGGCAAUUAAAUAUAUAUCUAUUGACCCAACCAAGAAAGAAGUAAUCAUGGCUAUGAUGAUGACUGGGUGUGACCUGUCUGCUAUAACCAAGCCUUGGGAAGUGCAAAGUAAGGUUGCCCUUAUGGUUGCAAAUGAAUUCUGGGAGCAAGGUGACCUGGAGCGAACUGUGCUACAGCAACAACCAAUUCCUAUGAUGGACAGAAACAAAGGAGAUGAACUACCUAAGCUCCAAGUUGGUUUCAUAGAUUUUGUGUGUACAUUUGUAUACAAGGAAUUCUCGAGGUUUCACAAGGAAAUUACACCCAUGUUUGAUGGUCUUCAAAACAACAGGGUUGAAUGGAAAACACGAGCUGAUGAAUAUGAAGAGAAGAUGAAAGUUAUUGAGGAACAAAAGAAAAAGGAAGAGGAAGAAGCGGCCAAAAAAGCUGAAAAUGCAGCUGGAGGUGGUGGCGGAGGAAGCGGAGAGGACGGAAAAUCCAAAACCUGUAUAAUUUUGUAAUUCUUUGUCUCAGACGCUGUUUUCUGCUACAGAAAAGACAUCUAGAAAGAACUUCAAUAAGCCCCAGUGGAUUUCUGUUUCACAUAGAAUAGUAUAGAACGAUCUAUUAACAAACCUCUUAAACACUCGCCAUUUGGUGGAAAUAAUUUUUAAUGGAGUAAACAAAGAGUUACAAUUAAAAACUGGAAAAUUAAAAGAAAAAAUAAUUGUGUGAAAUGAGUUAACUGUGUGCUCUAGAUACUUUUUCAUGUCACUCAAUUUAUAUACAGUAUUUUUAUUAAAAUAUGUAACUUCUGAACACUGUCCAGAAAAAAUAUAAAUAAUUUUGAUAGAUCUUAUAUGAAAUUACCGAAUGAAAUAUAACACAUCCAAUUAACACAAAAAAUCUUUUUUUUUUUAAACUUGUAUGUUUAGCUUUUUAUAUUAUGCUAUCUCCUUAAUCUGGAAUUGUCCUUUUCCUUCAUUCUCAGUGCUAUAUAAAGUUCUAGAGUAAAUACCUCCUUCAUCUUAGGAAUGCUCAACGCAAUUCCCCAGGUUAUAUUUAUUAAAAAGCAGGUCCA